UUCAUGGAUCUCUGAAGAGACUUACUUACCAAGAAUUUUCUAUCUGUGAGAUAGGAAGUGAACCACUUAAGAACAGUGCCAGAGAGGCUGACCAGCUGUUGGAGUCUGUUUAAAAGAACAGGGUGUUGGAGGCAGCGCUUAGAUCCAGUAGCACCAGGACUGAUAACUUGUGUGAGUCCAAGUUACACCUGAGAUCAUUAACGAUCUUCAGCAGGGCUGUCUCUGUACUGUGAUUCUUCCUAAAUCCAGAUUGGUAUUUAUCAAAGAUGUUGUUAUUAUUUACAAAAAUUAUUAAGCUGAAUAAAAACAGUUUUCUCUAAAAUUUUACUUAAAAAUGGUAAGUUGGAUACCGGUCUGUAGUUGUUAAGAACAUUAGGAUCUAAAUUGUUCUUCUUCAAAAGGGGUCUCACCACUGCUGUUUUAAAGGCAUUGGGGAAAGCACCCAUUUGAAGAGAAGAAUUCACAAUGUUUAAAAGCUCAUCUUCGAAGAAUCCAUAAAAUGUUUUAAAAAGUGAUGUAGGAAUUGGGUCUAAAAGACAGGUUGUUGGUUUCACUUGGAAGAAAACUCUACCAAGUGUCUCAGGAUCAACCAGGACAAAACUGUCCAGUGCUUCCUCAGAUAAAAACAAGCAUUCAGAUGUGUUAAGAACUGUAUUUUGAUGGGAUAAAAUAUCAGAUCUGAUGCCAUCAACUUUACCAAGUGGGCUGCAAAGUCUUCACAAAGGGAAUCUGUGCUUGGAACUUGUUAAAAUCAGGGUUGAUUAAAAAGUCGAUGGUGGAGAAGAGGACUCUGGGAUUAUUUUCAUGAUUACUGAUUAUACUGGCAAAGUAAGUGUUUCUUGCUUGUCUGAGUGCAUUAUUGUAAAUUUUAAGUUGCUCACGGAAUAUUUGGUGGUUAACUGUUAAUUUGUUUUUCCUCCAUCUCCUUUCUGCUAUCCUGCAAUUUCUUUUCAGUUUUUUGAUUUCUUCAUUUCUCCAUGGGGUAAUAUGACUGUCUUGUACCAGCUUUGUUUUUAGUGGAGCGACUGAAUCAAGACUUGACUUUAGUUUACUGUUAAAAUCUUCAACAAUAAAAUUGCAGGAAGCAGGUAAAAUAACUGGAGGACAUUUAUCUAAAACUUCAAUAAAAUUUGCAGCCACUUCAGAGGUAAGAUAUUGCUUCCUCACAGUUCGCACCGAGGUCUCCCGCUGAAUAAAACCGGUGAUAUUGAAAAACACACAAUAAUGGUCAGACACAGCCAAGUCAACAACAGAGGACACACUAGUGUUACAAGCUGUGGGUGAUGAUGAGAUCCAGAGUGUGUCCUCUGUUGUGACCCUCAUCACGUUAGCUUUGGGUCAUGGCUUCAACCUUAAAAGAUUAAAAGAUUUAUGGUUGACUCAAGUCAGACUGUUUUCUCCCUCACUACUGGGUCAGUGUUUAAGAGUUUGUGUUUGUCAGACCUGAUGAAAAGAAACUGGCUGAAAAGCUAAAAUAUUGAGUGUGUUUCUGUCUGCAGGGAUCCCCCAGAUGAUGAUAAUCACCAAAAUUGAUGAGGCCUGUCCUGAAACUGAGAAGACCCUGAGGAAUGUGUACAUGAGCAAGCACGUGAAGCAGAAGAUGAAAGACUUCAGCUCAGCCGUGGGAAUCCCAAUGAACUGCAUCUUUCCUGUGAAGAACUACAGUGAUGAAAUCGAGAUCAACGAUGAUGUUGACACCCUGAUCCUGAGCGCACUGAGAAAAAUGAUCGACUUUGGAGACGACUUCAUUGACAAAAUAGAAGAAACGAAAGAGGAAAAAUAAAUCAGAAUAUAAUGCAGUGGGGCUCCUGGGCAUCUUGUAUUGCUUUGAAAUAUUUACUCUCCUAUAGAUCAGCUUCAUUUAAUGUUAUCUCUGCUGAGUCAACACACAUGUGGACACAAUUUACUCCUCAGUCCUCCUUAGUGACUUUUUUUUGUAAGUAACAUCUUUGAAUGAGCAUGUGGAGCCUCAUGUCAGUUUAUCAAUCCCUGGACUUUAAGAGCUCAUACAUGUUGUCAUGUUCACAGAGGAAAAGUGGGAAACUUGGAUAAGGAGAAAAUGUCUUAUUCAAUACACAGAGCUGAUCCGUCAGAGUUCUGUCAACUUACCAUCACAGUUUUAUCAAAGUGUCAUCAGUGUUCUAUUAAAAGUUCUGUGAGAUUUUGGUCAAAAUAAAGUUUUCUCAGAGUUCUGUCGUCA